AUGAGCUCCCGUGGCUUAGCCCUGGCACCUCCAGCCAAGACCGUGCUUGUGUAUCGCAAUGGUGACCCCUUCUUCCCCGGGAGGAGGUUUGUGCUGAACCCGCGGCGCUUCCUGACCUUGGAGACCUUCCUGAACGACGUGACCAAGAGCAUCGAUGCCCCCGUGGCCGUGAGGAACCUCUACACCCCCCGGCACGGCCGCUGCGUGGUGGGGCUGGGGGACCUGCAGGAUGGGUGCCAGUACGUGGCUGCGGGCUUCGAGAGGUUCAAGAAGCUCGACUAUUUAAAUCAUGGAAGGAAGAAGCUCCAUGGAAUGAGGCACAAUGAGGGUCUGCAGUUCCACACUGCAGCUCCCUGGAAGUCACGGCAGCAGAAGGACACCCAUCCACCCUGCACCAUACAUGUUUUCCGGAAUGGGGAUUUGCUGAGCCCUCCUUUCCCCCUGCCAGUCUCUAAGAGCCCCCUGCUGCAGUGGGAUUCACUCUUGGCCACGGUGACAGAGAAAGCCGCCCUGCACAGCGGAGCUGUCUGUGGGCUCUGCAGGCUGGAUGGAACCUGGGUGUCUGGUGGAGAGGAGCUGGUGGAUGGUGGGUACUACGUGGCAGUGGGAAAUGAGGACUACAAGAAACUGCCUUACUUUGAGCUGCUGGUGCCCCAGGAUCCUGCCAGGAGGACACUGUGGAACCACCCAAAUAACAGGAACAAAAGGCACCUCCAGAGGCACAAAAAGGCACAAGCUACAGGCAAAUCACAAGAGGCUGUGGCAAGGAAAAGGGAUGCCAGUGACUCUGAGGAUGACAAGCACCGAAUGAUGCUGCCCCUGGCAGGAAAGAGCUCGGAGGAGUUGGCAGAGGGAGUGUGAUGGGAGAAGAGGUACAUUCAGGUACACCUCUACCUGCACAGCUGCAGUAACAGCAGCAUGUGAAUCCCAGAUUCCUGGACUACCACAGCCUGGCCAGGCAUUCUGAUGGAUUCACAAACUCCCAAAAUCAAGCAUCCUCACCAUCUGGGCUUGAGAAGCACGGUACCAGCGAGCAAUGCAUCAGAUGCACACUGUUGUUAAAUGAUGAAGAUCUUUCCCCUUUUCUGCUGCUUGUCUGAACUGUAAUUCAGCUGGUUUGGAUCUGAACUUGGGAAGGAGGAAUUACUAAAUAGAAUACAGGCCUUUUACACUUUUCUCUGCCAGGAACUUCAUUCUAUGUCAGAUACUUCUUAUAAUGAGAUGUCAUUGCAUCACCAGCCCUCUGCUUUGGAAUGCUUGGAUGAUGUUUGCAGCAAUCAAACCCAUUCCCCAAAACGAUAUAUAUAUUAUUUCUGUGAACUUAUUUUGGGAGC